UACAGUGGCAUUUGUCAAGCCAUAAUUAUUACUAUACAUUUGUGAACAAAAUGAAAUUGUGAAGGAAAUGAGUACCCAUUUUAAUAAAUAUUUGUUUUCUUUAAAUUAUUACAUUUGUGGUUAUUAAGCUAUUUUCAGCAUUUAUAUUUGCACAGCUGCAUGCUUAUCAAUCUUGUUUUUAUUAUUUACAUACAAAUCACUCUCUUUAUUUCAGUUAUAGUAAUUGCCAACAAAAUUUUAAAAGCAAUGGUUUUGUAAUCACAUCACUUUAUCUAUCAAACAGAUGUUACUAAUAACUUGGAUAAUUUUUAGAAAAUAUAUGUUAUGUUUAGUAUUGGUAAACUUUGUUUCUGCACUAUGCCUGAAAAUUUAAGAUUUUGUGACAGAUAUGCAUUAAAAGAGGAGUUAGGGAAAGGUGCUUUUUCUAUAGUUUACAGAUGUGUAGAUACUGAAACAAACAAUGAAUAUGCAGCUAAAGUGAUAAGGAAGGAAAAAAUGUCAAAGAGAGAUUUGAUGAAACUGGAGUCGGAAGCAAGGAUUUGUAGAAAAUUGGAUCAUCCUAACAUAGUAAAACUUCAUCGGGUGUUUGGUGAAAGCAAAUUUCAUUAUUUUUUAUUUGACCUUGUGACUGGAGGAGAACUGUUUGACGACCUUGUAACCAGAGUGGACAACUAUACGGAGGAGUUGGCAGCCAAGUGCUUGUAUCAAAUGUUGGACAGUGUCAAGCACUGCCAUUUGAUGGGUGUCAUCCACAGGGAUUUGAAGCCUGAAAAUAUAUUACUGGAAAGCAAAGAGAAUAAAGUAAUUAAACUUGCAGAUUUUGGCCUAGCUGUUGAAGCACUAGAGGGUGAAUACAAAUGGUUUGGUCUGGCAGGAACACCAAACUACAUGGCUCCAGAGGUCCUAGAAAUGAAACCAUAUGGGAGGCCUGUAGAUUUGUGGGCCUGUGGUGUUAUUUUGUACAUCAUGUUGGGUGGAUACCAGCCAUUUUACCACACUGAUGAAAGAAAACUCAACACUCUCAUAAAAUCUGGAGAUUAUGAGCUGUCAUCAGACAUAUGGAGAGAUGUGACAGUCGAAGGCAAGGACAUGAUUAUGAAGCUACUGUGUGUCGUGCCCGAACGUCGGCUUACGGCUGCUCAAGCUAUAGAACAUGUGUGGUUUACGAAAAUUAAAACUGUAAAGAAACUUCAUCGUCAAGAGACUUUGGACAGGCUGAAAAAUUUUAAUGCUAGAAGAAAGUUUAAGGCUGUUGUUCAUUCCAGUCUGUUUCUCUCUUCUUUUUUAACGAUGUCAAAAAAGAAACAACAAGAAAACGCAGUAGACCAGAGAUCUUCAAGUACCUCUGUUAUAGGACCUUCAAAGAAGGCUAACAGGACAGGAAAAUAAAUAACACAAAAUACUUUUAAAUGUAUAAUAAACUCUUUUUUGCCAUAAAAAAAGUAUCAAUUGGGUUAAAAAUUAAAAGAUUUACUCAAAGCUCUACAAUAAUAAUGAUUUGAAUUUAACCUAUGGACCUUUAUUUGAUACUAGAAAAUAAUAAAUAGCCUGUUAUUAAGAGCCAAGUAGGAAAUAAGACAUACCUUAUACCCCCAUUUUUGGUGCUUUGAUCAUCAUACAAUAUCUUUAAAAUGUUGGUAUUGUCUAGUUUCAUUCAUUACAAGACGGAAUCUAUUAAAAUUUAACUAAUGUCCAUUGCAAACAUUCAAGGAAUGGUAGUUCUGUUUCUAAACAAAUGAAUCAAUUUAAAUCCAGUGUUUGGUUUUUCACACAGGCAUCUUUCAAAAUUUACAUCAAGACACAAGAUUAUACUCUAUUUUGGCUCCCAUGAACCCUUGUUGUUGCUUUUGGAUAAUUCAUAAACCAGUAAUGCUCACCCAAAUAAAUAUACAAUUUUUGACAAGUAUGCUGUACUCUUAAAUAACUAUGUUUCACAUAUUCAUUUGUUUGCAUUUAUUUGUUAUUUUAAAGAGAUAAAAAAGUAUAGUAUUAAUUUGAUAGAUAUUAUGCUGAAUUUUUAAAAUCAUUUUUAUUCUAUAUAGUAAAAUAGACUGCUUACAUUAAGGCUUCUGAGAACGGUGUAAUGAGAUAGGAGGACAAGUAGUAAAAAGAUUUCUUCAAUGGGAAAUCUCAUGACUGUCAGUUCUGCUGUGUAGAUAGCCAGAACUAGGUAUGUAGCUUAGGGUUUCUUUUAAUGUUGUCAAUUUGCUGCAG